AUGGAAAGGGAGACUCUUGUGAGUGGUGCUAGGAUCGACUCUGGGAUUCUCGAGAAGAUCCAGGCUCUUGUAAAGAAUAGUGAGGGUGGAGACUUCCGAUGUGUGAACUCGGAGAGAUUGUCUCCUAGGCCGAUUGGGGAGGCCAGAACAAAAGAGGUCGGGAGCCCAGUGGCCGGUGCCAGCCUUAAUGUUUGGAGAAUCAGCCAUCGUGUGCUGGUAUUUGGGCAAUGCUGGGAGAACUCCACUGAAAACAUAACGAAGAGAAACAAUACCAAAGAGCUCAUCAAGUUUUUUAACGACAACUACAAGGACAGAUUUAUGAUAUGGUGUUUUGGAGAGAGUCUCAGGGAGCAUGCCAACGUCCAGAAAAUACCGUCACUUGAUUUUGACCUUGGGCUUGCCUACAGGGUGUCAUGUGCCGUAAGAUGCUGGCUGGAAUUUAGCUCGAACAACAUAGCUGCACUUGAGGUGAGAAACGGAGAUGAAGACAAGUUGAGAUUUCUGGUGGGGUGCAUCCUAAGGCACUGCGGGCUUGUCGACAGGACAGAGACGGCGUGGGAGAGGUGCUUUGAAAGUGCCUUUGCAUCAAGUCUAUCCAACAUCAACACUGUCCGAAGGUACAUCAGGUACUUUGACUCUGCAAGCACUCUAAAGGGAGAUGGGAUCCAUUCGGUCACUCUGAAGCAACUCAUAGUAACCACCAUUCCCUCUUCUCCUGCUGAAAACUUCGCGAUUGGAAUGAAGGUAAUGAGGAGGGGAGAGGUGCUAUCUAUCAUCAGAGAGCAGGAUGGCAGUGGCAAAGUGUAUAGAGAUGAGGAUUACGUUGUGUUUAGUGGGAUCGACUGUGACAUACUGGAAGACAUACAGAUUCUUAUGUGCUACUACUUUGGAGGCACGGAAAGGAAUGUGGUUCUUUUGAGAAUCAACUCUCUUUUCUACAGGCAGGGUCUUUAUAGGUUUGUCUUGGACGACAUGGAGUGUUUUUUGUCGAAGAAGAAGUUUGAUAAGGAGUUCACCAUUGAUCUUGUUAUGAUUGAGUCUGGGAAGCCUGUAGAGAAACCUUUGUGCAUGCACAAGGCCGAUCUUGUCCAAGGACUCAGACUGCUGAACGAGAGUUUCUGCGGAGAGCCUGACAGAGAGACUUACGAGAAGCUUGUCUCUGAGGGCCGAAACGAGAUAGCUGCAAAGUUCUGUGCAUUUAUGAGAUACUGUCCUGAGCAGGCCAGAGAGUUUAUUGAGAGGUUGGAGGCCCAAGGACUCAAGGCCGGUAGCUUUGAGGCCAAGGCACUCAGGCAUACAGAUGAGGCAUUUAGGAAGAAAGAGUGCAGUCGGAACGAAGGGGCCGAGCUAGAAGCAUCCAGCAGCUUGAAGAAAUUCGUGUCGAACGGACCAAUUGUUGACAGGAGGGCCUUAUAUGCGAUGGAAAGUGGGCAGCUGAGGCCGCUGGAGCUGAUAGGAAUGUCGCCCAGGAUUGAGAAAAAAGCAGAUCCAAAGCCAAAGAAGGUAAUACUAAAGAAGAAGCAAGCCGAAAAGUGCGACACGCCUUCUGUCAUUAUCAAAAAGCCUCUCCACUGGAUUCCAUUGGUGAGGGCCGAGGAGACAAUAUUCGGAGAGAUUUCUGGGAUCAACACCGAUAUUGACUACAAGAAAUUCGAGGAGAUAUUCUGCGAGCCUUUUUCUGAGCAGAAAAGCACAAGCAGGCAGAUCCAGAAGAGCAUCAUAGAAGACAGUAGGCUGUUUCUGGUGUCUCUCUCGCUGAGGCACCUUGAGAUGAGGGGCAUAACGCCUGAAAAUGUGUAUUCCAUGCUCAAAUCACCCGACAACGAUCUUGGGCUCCAGGAUCUAUUGAACAUCGAAAAGAUGUAUCCGGACCAUGAGGAGGUCAUGAGCCUAAUAUCGGCAUCUCCGGAAUCCCUAAGUAAGGUGGAGAAAGCCAUGCUGGCAUACUCACAACUAUUGGAUGUUCGUAGGCUCACAGAGAUAUUGAUCUUUGAAAGGAGGUUUUUCGACGAGAUAUUUCUUAUAGAAGAUGCCCUCUCGGGCAUACUGGAGACUUGUAGUAGGAUUCUGGACAGCAAGAACCUUAGGAUUGUUCUCAGAAUGAUUCUUGAGAUUGGAAACACAAUGAACUUCCGGUACUCAAUGAAUAAGAAGAAGGCGAGCGGGUUCAAGCUGUCCAGCCUGUAUGUGUUCAGCAACUACCGAGGAAAGAACAACGCCUCUCUCUUCCCGUUUUUAUUCCAGAUGCUGGAGACAAACUGCAUAAAGCCAGAGCGUCUACUUGAGGAGUUCUCUCGCGUCCAUGACUUGAAGAAUGAGGAGCUGAUAAAGAUACGCGAGAAGAUCAACUACUUCAUAGAGCUGUAUAUGGAGAAGGUGGGGCUUCUGGAUCUACUGGAGGAAAGCAUCAAGGAGGAAUACGGGAAGUUCUUCAGGUUUGCAUGCAGCAAACUUGAGAGUGUAAGCUGUAACUUCAAGAAGUCCCAUUUAUAUUCCAGCAUGAUUAAGCGCAAGUUUGGCGAGGAGGAGGCCAAAAGCCUGAAGGAGAUAUUGGUUACCCUAUCCGAUUUUCUCUGUAGUAUGAGGCAGCAACUCGAACAAUAUAGAAGAGCUCAGAACCAGACCUUCUGGCCUUGUAGUAAUGACGAAAUUAAAUGA